UGAAUGAAGCUUAGUUUUUAAUUGUUAAAGCUCAAAGGAUACAAUUCCAAUCAAUGUGCAUCAAAUCAAAGUUGUUCAAUUAAAGCCAGUGCUAAUCGUGCAACUCAACUUAAACGCAAGUCGCCGAAUAGCUUCAUAAGAAUUAAAAAUCAAGUGCACGACGUACUAGGCAACAACAAAGAGCCCUCAGCACCAAUAACAAUUUUUUUCCGUUUUAUCAAAAUAAUAGAAGAAAACGAAAUUUCACACCCUGCUUCAAUGCAAUGCCAACACAAAUGUGCUGCAACAACUGUUACAUAAAUGUUAUAAUUAUUUAUUAAACCUUACAAAACGACGAACAAGUAUGUUGGCUAGUUUGCAGCAAGUGCAGAUAAACAGAACUAAUAAUACGCGUCAUAAUCUUCUAGUACAAGUAAAAAAUAAUACAAAUUGAAGCGCCACUCCAGUUCAAUUAUUGUUAUAGCUGUUAAUAUACAUAUAGAUUAAACGGAGAGUCACGAAACCAAGCGGUGUUUGCAUUUUGUUUGUGGAAGCGGCAUUUAAAGCGUUACGGGGCGCAUUUUCCAUAGCAACAAAAAGCAAGUUCACAAAAGGGAAUAAAUAGAAAACGCAGGACGCGUGCACAAAGCAUUGAAAGGAGGAGUCUCAUCACAAAGAGUGGAAUUAAAAAAGCCUGGCCCACUCGCUGGCCAUCCACUAGAAUAAUACAAGAAAAAAAAAAACAAUAAAACUCAAGACAAGAAAAAUGAUUGGACGCUUAUUUCGCGCUCAUGGCGAAUUCUGCGCCUCACAUCCCUGGGAAGUGAUUGUCGCGCUACUCACAGUAACUGCCUGCAUGCUGACAGUGGACAAAAGCACAACGCUGGACACAAGUGGACUCAAUAGCGGGGCAGUCAGCGCCAAUGUGGCCGCAGCAGCAGCAGGUUCAGCGGCCAGCGCGGAAUUUGGAGGCUCCCCAGUAGCCACAAACGUGCCCACUUCGACCGGAGCCGGCGGAACAGGAUCAGCGGGAUCCAGUCGCCACAGUCGCUGUCAUGGCUGGAGUCAGUCUUGCGACGGUCUCGAGGCGGAAUACAAUGCUGCCGAUGUCAUUUUGAUGACCAUCGUGCGCUGCACGGCGGUACUCUAUUGUUACUAUCAGUUCUGCAGUCUGCAUCGACUUGGCUCCAAAUAUGUGCUAGGCAUUGCCGGCCUCUUCACCGUAUUCUCAAGCUUCAUAUUUACCACAACUAUUAUUAAGUUUUUGGGCAGCGACAUUUCGGACUUGAAAGAUGCCAUGUUCUUUUUGCUGCUGGUCAUUGACCUGUCCAAUUCCGGUCGCCUGGCUCAGUUAGCGCUUUCGGGCAGCAACCAGGCCGAGGUAACGCAGAAUAUUGCGCGGGGACUAGAGCUCUUAGGACCCACCAUUUCACUUGACACCAUUGUUGAGGCACUGCUGGUGGGAGUCGGCACUUUAUCGGGCGUCCAACGCCUGGAGGUGCUCUGCAUGUUUGCCGUGCUUUCGGUGCUGGUCAACUACGUAGUAUUCAUGACAUUCUAUCCAGCCUGUCUGUCGCUAAUCUUCGAUUUAUCCCGCAACGGCGUGAACAUGUCUCUGGUGCGGGAAAAGGCCAAGGGCUCCUUGUUGCUAAAGUCGUUAACGGAGGAGGAGCAAAAGGCUAAUCCUGUUUUACAGCGGGUUAAGCUCAUAAUGACCACAGGUCUAAUGAUUGUGCACAUCUAUAGUCGCGUAGUGUUCUCCAGCAGCGACUAUGACGCAGUGGACAAGACUCUAUCACCAACGCUCAACCUCAAUGUGAACAACAAUCGGACUGAGUCAGGCGAGUUCACUGAAAUCAUCAUUAAAUGGCUGACAAUGAGCGCGGAUCACAUUGUAAUCUCCAUAGUAUUAAUCGCCUUGGUCGUCAAAUUUAUAUGCUUCGAUAAUCGCGAGAAUCUCCAGGAUCAAAUACGUCAAUCUCAAUCCUCCACGGUGGCCAUAGCAGCCAAAGCAUCACAGACAACGCCGCUGCACGGAUCACCCUCUCAGGACAAUGAGCAGGCUAUGGCGCUGACUGCAGUCCCUCGCAUAGUCGAACCUCCAGCACCUGCACGUAUACCGCUCUUCACGAUUGAGGAACAGAGCUUUGUGCAUACGGCCUCCCAAACUGAUUUGAGUGCCACUGGAGAGCAACUUUUGCCACUACGUCAGCGAAUGAGGCCCUUAGAAAUGCCUCCGCGCCCCCUACAGGAGUGCCUGGACAUAUUAAACUGCACGGAAGAAGGUAGCGGCGGCGCUGCCACUCUUAGUGAUGAGGAGAUCAUAAGCAUUGUCAAUGCCGGUGCCCAACAUUGUCCGCUAUACAAAAUUGAAACGGUGCUGGAUGAUCCAGAGCGUGGAGUUCGGAUCAGACGUCAAAUUCUGGCCGCCCGGGCCAACGUUCCAGCCAGCGUUAUCGAGGUGCUUCCCUAUCAGCACUUUGAUUAUCGUAAGGUGAUGAAUGCCUGCUGCGAAAAUGUGCUUGGCUAUGUGCCCAUACCCGUGGGCUAUGCUGGACCCUUGCUGUUAGAUGGUGUGCAAUAUUACGUGCCAAUGGCCACCACCGAAGGGGCGCUUGUAGCGUCCACAAAUCGUGGCUGCAAGGCGUUGUCGGUGCGCGGAGUUCGUUCUGUGGUCGAGGAUGUGGGCAUGACCAGAGCGCCUGCUGUUCGUUUUCCGAGCGUUGCACGCGCUGCCGAGGCCAAGAGCUGGAUCGAGCAGGACGUAAACUAUCGAACGAUCAAGACAGAGUUCGACUCCACCUCGCGUUUCGGCCGCUUGAAGGAUUGUCACAUUGCCAUGGAUGGACCUCAGCUGUACAUACGCUUCGUGGCACUCACUGGCGAUGCCAUGGGCAUGAACAUGGUCUCCAAGGGCGCCGAGAUGGCAAUGCGUUGCAUUAAGCGACACUUCCCCGAUAUGCAAAUCAUAUCCCUGAGCGGCAAUUUCUGUUGCGACAAGAAACCAGCUGCCAUCAAUUGGAUUAAGGGACGUGGCAAGCGUGUUGUCGCCGAAUGCACGAUUCCAGCGCAAACUCUGCGCUCCGUUCUGAAAACAGAUGCGAAAACCCUGGUGGAGUGCAAUAAGCUAAAGAAUUUGUCGGGCAGCGCCAUGGCGGGCAGCAUUGGUGGCAACAACGCCCAUGCAGCCAAUAUGGUAACAGCCGUGUUCCUAGCCACCGGGCAGGACCCUGCUCAGAAUGUUACCUCAAGCAACUGCUCGACCGCCAUGGAGUGCUGGGUGGAGAAUAACGAGGAUUUGUAUAUGACAUGCACAAUGCCAUCUCUGGAAGUGGGUACAGUGGGCGGCGGCACAGGGCUGCCGGGCCAAGGCGCUUGUCUGGAUCUGCUGGGAGUACGCGGUGCGCAUCCCAGUCAGCCGGGUGACAAUGCCAAGAAACUGGCGCAAAUCGUGUGCGCUACCGUCAUGGCCGGAGAAUUGAGUCUGAUGGCGGCGCUAGUCAAUAACGAUCUAGUCAAAAGUCACAUGAGGCAUAAUCGUUCCUCCGUUGCAGUCAGCAGCAGCAACAAUGGCACCAACAACCCGCUUAACGUCACCGUGUCCAGCUGCAGCACGAUUAGCUAAGAGCUAAUGAAGCUGGGGCGCUGGAGUGGCCCAGAAUAUCUAGAAGUAAACUCACUACUUGCUACAGAUUGGCGCGACUGGAGCAGCAAGGCGCCCUUCCACGCAGGCUGUUACUCCCGCGCCUAUUGCGCAACUCUAUUUUAAGCGUUAUUAAAUUAAUGAAUUAAAUUUACUGAGCGCUUUGGCCAGGCCAAUCGAAAGUGUUUAAACCGAAUGGUUCAAAGCCCUGUUGCCAAAGCUUUCGAACGCAGAGUCUAUUAUAGCGUAGGCCUAUUAAGUAGUGGUAGGUCGCCGCCUCCGCUCCCAAGAGCAUUCAAAGGCGGCGGUCAUAUUGUAUAAGUGGUUAGCGGUCGUCAGUUUUAUACAUACAAAUUUUAAAUGUUGCAUUAGCUGCUGUACUAGAGCAACGUUUCAACUUCCAAUUAGAUUGUAUGUGUACAAUAGAAACAAAAAACACAAAAAUGAAAAACAAAUUUAAUAUUUUUCUACGUAUGUAUUUUAGUGCAAGCGCAGAACUUGUAAAAAGUAUUUUUAAGAGAAUUGUAGAGCUAAUGGCAUUCGCAACUUUUUUCCCCAAGUUUAUAAUUAAGCUUAAAGUGACUCAAAAUCAAAUUGAAACUCUAGUUGAAACGAAAAAUGCAAAUAUUUAAAUUAAAUUUCGUGUUGUUGUACCUUAAAUAAUGAAAGCGUCGUUUGUGGGACAUAUGCAUAGAAAUAUAUUCGAAAGCGAUAUAUAGUAUGUAUUUUUUAACACACAAAUAAACAUAAACUUAAAAUAGUAAA